AUGAGAUUAGCAAUGCAUACAAAUUUAAAGUUUACCCAAAAAAGAGUACCGUAUAUUAGACAUAUCAUAUUCAAUCAAUCACUAAAAGGAUGUACUGACCAAGGUGAAAAUACGAACUAUAAUGAAGUUUUAAAAGGAAGAGAUAUUAUAAAAUUAGCACGUCUUGCAAUGAUCACAAGAUAUGCAAUGCCAUGGAAUUUUAUCAAACACUAUCUACCACCUCGAGACAAUGUACUACCUAAAAGAAGAUGGCAUACAAUAGCAAGAUACUGUUUUCACAAGAAUGCUACAUUGUCAACAUUUGAACAUCUAUUGGAAUGGUCACCAGACUUUAAUCCACAAGAUCAAGUUUGUUCAUAUCUCGCUAGAAAUGUUGGACAUUCUGGUCAUCGUGAUAUAUUGGAGUUGUUAAUCAAGAGAUACCCAAACAUUGAAGGAUUGAACAGAGCCAAACAAGCAGCUGCCGAACAAGGACACAUUGAUGUGAUGGAGCUAUUGAGUCUAUACAAAAUAGAAAACUACUCUUCCGAUGCAAUGGAACAAGCAAGUAGAAACGGUAGAUUAGAUGUAGUCAUGUAUCUUCAUAAAAAUGGUGCUACUAGCUCUGAUAAAGCUAUUCGUUGUGCAGCUCUUGGUGGUCAUUUUGAAAUAGUAAAGUUUCUUCAUUACAAUAGAACAGAAGGUUGUGAUCAGUAUACUUUUGGUGCAGCUGUUUAUGCUGGAAAUUUGGAAAUAGUAAAGUUUCUUCACUUUAAUAGAAGUGAUCCAACAUCUUUUGGUAAAUUUACAAGCGCUGCUACUCAAGGUCAUUUGGAUGUUCUAAAGUUUUUACAUGAGAAUAGAACUGAAGGAUGUAAUACAGAUGCGAUGGAUAGAGCCUCGGAGAAAGGAUUCAUUGAUAUAGUAAAAUGGUUACAUUUUAAUCGUACAGAGGGAUGCACAACUAUUGCUAUGGAUUCCUCAGCUUCAUUGGAAAUCACACAAUUCCUACAUACACAUCGCACUGAAGGGUGCACAUCUUUGGCUAUGGAUAAUGCCGCUCGACACAAUAGAUUGGAUGUUUUGAAAUUCCUACAUGAAAAAAGAAGUGAAGGAUGCACAUCAAAGGCAAUCGAUGAUUUAAUGAUAUUCCUACUUCCUGAAAAGAGGAAAAAGGAAGCACAUUCUGUUAGUAUGGAGAUUUUAACAUUUCUACAUGAAAAGCUUGGAGCUGUCCCAACCAAACUAGCUGUCAAUCGUGCGGCUACUCAAGGUCUAUUGGAAUUUAUUCAAUUCUUUCAUAAACACUAUUCAUCUUUAAAUAUAUGGACUAAAGCUAUGGAUUAUGCUGCUACCAAAGGCCAUUUAAAUAUAGUUAAAUUUCUUCAUUAUAAUCGUACUGAGGGAGGCACAAUAACAGCAAUGGAUUUUGCGUCAAAAAAUGGGAGCUUAAAUGUUGUUGUAUUCCUUCAUGAAAAUCGUACUGAAGGUGCAUCAAUUGAUGCAAUGAAUAGAGCUGCUUCUGGUGGCCAUUUAGAUGUUGUUAAAUUUUUACAUUAUAAUCGUACAGAGGGGUGCUCAACUAAAGCUAUGAAUGGGGCAUGCCGAGGUGGACAUUUAGAAACUGCCAAAUUCCUAUAUUUGAAUCGUAGUGAGGGAUGUAGUAAAGAGGUACUUGCUCCAACACAUGAUUGUGAAAUUAUCGAUUUCCUUUGGUCAAAUAAUCUCAUAUCUAAAACUCAACUUGAACAAUUGGAUCACUCUUUGAAUGACUCUAUUUAUUUCGAAACUCAACAUCAUAUUCGACAAUUGCUACGUCAAGAAGAAGUAGACAUUGCAAGUGCACUGGAAUCAUCUUGUUUCAACUCAAGAAUUGAGAUUGUUUCGUUCUUGGUGGAUAUUCUCAUCAAACAAAAAGAGGAAAAAGGAUUAUUGACAGUGCAACAAGAACAAAACAUUGAAAAUGCAAUCGUUUCAGCAUCUGCUUUCGGUCGACUUGCAUUGGUCCAACACAUUAUAUCAUCACUCAACAUUACAACUCUUCAAAAGAGGACAAUACUCAAGAUCAAGAGUUACUGUGUCAAACAAUAUGAAAUGAUUCAUUAUUUUGAAACUCAAUCUCCAUUUAUUGAUCAAUUCAAAUCAACCAUUUUGUUGGAUGACCGAUUGGCAAUACCUAGAAAAUAUUGGAAACGAGGUUAUUGA